GCUUGUUUUGCAGCGGCAGCAGAAUUAUGGGAGCGGAGUCCAAACAGGCUCAGACUGGAGCAGCGAGUGAGUUUUAGCGGAGCUGCAGGAUCUGAAAGUGAACCGAGGCUGAAAUGCUGGCUCGAGUUUUCGUUAACGGCCGCUACGGGCUCAGUAACCGAGUCUCGAGUGGAGCUGCACGGCUUGGUGUAGCGGGACAGCCGGAGCGGAGCUCCACCACGGAGGCGUCUCUGAAGCGGACCCCUCUCUAUGACUUCCACAGAGCUCAGGGGGGGAAGAUGGUGGAGUUUGCUGGAUGGAGCAUGCCUGUUCAGUACAAGGACAGCCACAUCACCUCCCACCUGCACACUCGCCAGCACUGCUCUAUCUUCGAUGUCAGCCACAUGCUGCAGACCAAAGUCUAUGGAAAGGACAGAGUAAAAUUUAUUGAAUCUUUAAUUGUUGGAGACGUCGCAGAACUGAAGGACAACCAGGGCACUCUCUCACUGUUCACCAACACUAAAGGCGGAAUCAUGGAUGACCUGAUUGUGACUAAAACAGAUCAGGAGUAUCUGUACGUGGUGUCCAACGCUGGCUGUGCAGACAAAGACUCCGCCCACAUGCAGGCCAAGCUGCAGGAGUUUAAAGCUGCAGGUCAUGAUGUUGAUUUGGAGUAUAUGGAGGAGAGUUUGAUUGCUCUGCAGGGUCCGUCGAUGGCUCAAGUGCUGCAGGAGGGAGUGUGUGAUGAUCUCAGUAAGCUGACGUUUAUGACCAGUGUUUUGACCCCAGUGUUUGGCGUCCAGGGCUGUAGGGUCACUCGCUGUGGAUACACUGGCGAGGAUGGUGUUGAGAUCUCGGUUCCACGUGAGAGUGUGGUUACGUUGACAGAGAGGCUGCUGGUCAACAGUGAGGUGAAACUGGCCGGCCUUGGUGCCAGAGACAGCCUCAGGCUGGAGGCAGGGCUCUGUCUCUAUGGCAACGACAUAGAUGAGACCACAACACCUGUGGAAGCAAGUCUUGUCUGGACUAUAGGUAAACGGCGUCGGCAGGCGAGAGAUUUCCCUGGAGCUGAUGUUAUUGUUCCACAGAUCAAAGCCAAGACUCAGAGAAAGAGGGUGGGACUAAUCUCAAGCGGCCCUCCUGUCAGACAGCACACCCCCAUACUUAGCCCUGAUGGCAGAAUUAUAGGUGAGGUCACGAGUGGAUGCCCCUCCCCUUGCCUUAAGCAGAAUGUUGCCAUGGGUUAUGUGGAGACAAGCUUUAGUAAAGUGGGAACACCCAUUCAGGUGGAGGUUAGAAAGAAGAUGAUACCUGCUGUGGUCAGCAAGAUGCCGUUUGUGCCCACAAACUAUUACACUGGACGCUAGAGCUCAUCCUUGUCUAUCAUAAGGAAAGGCACUAGACAUGAAGUUGGUCAGUGAUUGACUUCAGACAGAUCUGAUAAUGUCUAGCACUUAAGGUCAAAACUACUGAAUUUCAGAUUUUAAAAAUAAUUUACGCUUUGAGAUUGAAGGAAAAGGACAUACAAGGACUUUUUACAUCCAAAUGCACAGUUACACUGCAUCUUGGGAGUGGCAGUAUCCAUCACUAUUCUGUGUUCGCAAACAGAAACACAGAUUCAAACAUGCUGAAUAUGUAUUUUUCUCAGUAUCUUUUAGUCAUUUUUUAACUCUAAUUUUAUAGUUAGAUAAUAAUAAUAAUUUCCAGCCAUUUUGACUGGAAAUUAAAUAAAUUAAGGGUGGUCUCUGACUUUUGUACAGCACUGUAAACUUGUACAACCAAAAACUAAUGUUGCAGUACAUUCCUGUUUAACUUAAGUGCGUAUCUCUGUGUGAAUGAAACAUCUGUUUGGAAGGACACACUGUAUUUAACCCAUGUUUUCAUACAGUGAUCAGUACUGCUAUCCAGGGACCAACCACUGACUGACCACUGACUUUAUUUAUACCUAAUGAGAGCGUUAGUUUAUUCUCAGAACUUGGUGAUUAAUAAUAACCAGAACAUUUGCUAAAUACACUGACAGUAAUGUGAGUACAUAUAACGUAGGUUCCUGUAACCAUGUGCCUUGGUUUGCAUAAUUGUAAGAUAAACCUACAGUAAACGGUUAACAGUAUUUGUUUAUUUUUGGAUUAGUACCUUCAUCUCUUGACUUGGCAUCUAUUACAGUUUUAACUUUGCCAAAUCUCUCUUUCUUUUGGUGCGAAUGGUGCACUUUGGAGUGGUGCUUUUUAUAUGCACUGGUCCAGCACAUUUCUGUAUGUUUACACUAUUUCCCGUAUUUUUUUUGCAUAUCCUGUGUUAUCCUAAGCAGUGAAGCCAAACAAGGGGGCCAAAAUCUAAAGUAAAACUGUAGAAACUUUUGUACUACUGUAUUGUCAUGAUGACUCUUAGCUUAGGUAUAUUUUAGGAUAUUGAUAACAUAGUAAAUAAUAUUAUGAGAAUAAGAUGAAUAACUUUGUAUUUAACAUUAUCAAUAAACUGUUGUCAUUAGUGA